AUGACCUUCGACGACCAGAAGCCUGGAACCUCCGGUCUCCACUCUGACAGAAUGAGUAUUGUUGAAGUUUCUGUUAAGAAGGAUUGUCAUUUUGUUCUGGUGACAGUGGCUUUUGUGACCUAUCUGGAGGUCACCGGAAAUCUCAACAGAGUAGCUUUUGUUGCUAGUGAUAAGAAAGAGCUAGAGAAGAACCCUGCUCAGUUGAAAAAAUAUAUCUUACGCAAGCUCGGAAAGGUACAAGAUGAAGUAAGGGCUGUUAUAGAAAACACUGAAUUGGAUGCUUUUAUAUCCACUCCAGUGAGAUAUAGGCACCCUUGGGAACUGCUUUGGGGAAAUAUUAGCAAAGGUGGUGUAUGUGUUGCUGGAGACGCACUCCACCCCAUGACCCCAGACAUCGGCCAAGGUGGCUGUGCUGCAUUAGAAGACGGUGUUGUAUUAGCAAGAUGUCUCGGUGAGGCUUUGUUGAAGAACCGGAGGCAAGAAAUUAGAGAUAAAGAUGAAGAACGAAAAGAGGAAUGUAAGAGGAUUGAAAUGGGGUUGAGGAAUUAUGCCAGUAAGAGGAAAUGGAGAAGCAUUGAUCUGAUUAUUACAUCUUAUGUGUUUUAUUUAAUACAGGAGAUUGAUGGAAAAGUAAUGUCUUUCUUGAGGAACAAGUUUUUUUCUCCAAUCCUACCCUGGCUGCUGUUGAAGAAGGCUGAUUUUGAUUGUGGGAAGCUGAAAAGCCCUUAA